AGACACUCGUUCAUCGACGCGUUCACCGACACUGUUCCAGACGGCCAAGUCAACAAGUACAGGCAUCGCGAACAGGCACGCAGCACGUGGUUCGUCGGCGACGUGACGGCAAACAUGGACCCACACCACUCACCACCGUACUACGCGCUACAACCCGACCCGCCCUUAUACACCUUCUUGCCACCGUCUCCUCUCUCCUCAUAUCCUCCAUCACCUCUACUUUACUUACCUCUCACUGUCACUCUCACGUCCUCUGAACCCAUGUCUGGCCCUACCCGCACGGCGCGUCCCACGGGCGCCAACCCCCCUAGGCCACCCAAUGCCUGGAUCCUAUACCGCUCCGACAGACUUCGUGCGCUGCCACCCGUUGCACCGGGAGCCCCACGUCGCCCACAAUCCGAAAUCUCCAAGGAAAUCGCUCGUAUGUGGAAAAAUGAGGCAGAAGAGACGAAGUCCGAGUACGAGAGGAGGGCUGAGUUGGCCAAGGCAGAACACGCGCGACAGUAUCCCAACUACCGCUUCUGCCCAAUGAAGAAAGCCGACAAAGACAAGCUUCGUGAAGAGGCGAAAGCUGAAAAGGAGAGAGUCAAGGCCGAGACUCGCAAGGCGCGUCAGCGUAGCGUCUAUCCGUAUCCAACGGGCGCGUCGAUCGCGUCGUCUUCCACCCCGUACUUCGAGUACAUGCCUGCACCAUUAUGGGGGCCCGAGGGAUCUCGUGGCAUCCCAG